AUGAAUGAAUGUUUGAAAUAUCAUAAACCAAAUGAAGAAUGUAUGAAGUAUGCAAUUAUUUCACACAACAUUGAUUUUGUUACGUUCUUAAUGAAUGUAUACAAUAUAAAUAUCAAACUAGACUAUUGUGCAGAAUUUAAAAAUCUUGAAUCUUUUUUAGUUUAUUUCGAUCAAACUAAUGAUGCUAACAAAUAUUUCUUUUAUUCAGCGAUAUUUGAUACUCCAUCAUUAUGCGAAUAUUUCCUUUCACGUAUUUCAAAUAUCAAUGAAAAUGAUGAAGAUGGAGCAACAGCACUUCAUUAUGCAGCAAGAUAUAAUAGUAAAGAAAUUACCGAAUUUCUUAUUUCACAUGGUGCAAAUAUCAAUGAAAAAGAUAAUAAUGGACAAACUGCUCUUCAUAUUGCAGCAAGAUAUAAUAGUAAAGAAAUUACCGAAUUUCUUAUUUCACAUGGUGCAAAUAUCAAUGAAAAAGAUAAUAAUGGACAAACUGCUCUUCAUAUUGCAGCAAGAUAUAAUAGUAAAGAAAUUACCGAAUUUCUUAUUUCACAUGGUGCAAAUAUCAAUGAAAAAGAUAAUAAUGGACAAACUGCUCUUCAUAUUGCAGCAAGAUAUAAUAGUAGGCAAAAUCGCAACCGAAUUUUUAAAUCUAUAUUUUGA